AUACUUUUGAAAAUCAAGUAUAUCUUAAUCAGAAUCGAAAAUUUUCUUAGAACUGAUAGUCAUCGUUGCUUUGACAAAUAAGAAGAUCAUGUGGAAUGUGUUUGGCACAAAUUAUUGGGGAUAAUGAUCGACGUAGUUCAUAUUACCAUGAUUCACCGAUCCAACACAGAGAUUCCACUGUCCCUUGAACACUCUAGAAACUGUCUAAAAACCAUGUCAGAUUGCCAUAAAGUAGCCAAUCAUAUAAAAAUUUCGAUGCCACGUAGGACAUUUUCUUCUGUAUCUUGGCACUUUUGUUAAUUGUCCCUAUAUCGAGGCAUUAUAAAUAGAUAUGUGAUCUUUCUUGGUAAUCAUCAAUCCUUCUGUUGAAAUCAGUCUGACUUGUUUGUCUGUAUCAACAUGGAUUUGGGACUGAAAGGGGUAGCUUUCCUUACUUUGGCUUUUGUUUCAACUAUAUCAUCAGUGCAUCCUAUCACUGGUGAUAGACAUUGGCGAAGGUAUAACAGGAAGGGAAUAAGUUCCCUGGGGAAUGAUGACCCCGUUACCAACUUGCCUGGCCAGCCAUCAGUAGACUUCCGCCAUUAUGCUGGCUAUGUUACUGUGAAUGAAAAGAAUGGAAGAGCACUUUUUUAUUGGUUCUAUGAGGCUAUGUCUAACCCUGAUGAAAAACCACUGGUGCUGUGGCUUAAUGGAGGUCCUGGGUGCUCUUCUGUGGGAUAUGGAGCAACGCAAGAGAUUGGUCCAUUCAUAGUGGACACUGGUGGGCGUGGAAUUAAAUUUAACAACUUCUCAUGGAAUAAAGAAGCCAAUAUGUUAUUCCUGGAAUCUCCUAUUGGAGUUGGAUUUUCGUACUCUAAUACUUCCACUGAUUAUGAUAAUCUAGGAGAUGAGUUUACCGCAAAUGAUGCUUAUUCUUUUCUGCAUAACUGGUUCCUGAAGUUUCCAUCAUACAGAACACGGACCUUUUAUAUUGCUGGAGAAAGCUAUGCAGGAAAAUAUGUGCCAGAGUUGGCUGAGCUCAUUUAUGACAACAACAAGGAUCCUUCACUUCAUAUUGAGCUCAAGGGUAUUUUGACCAUUGCAUGCUUGGUUGACGUGCUGAAAUUUUCUUGUCAACAGUUGGGAAAUCCUGAAACAUAUGAUGCUGAGGACUGGAGAGGUAUGACGGAUUAUGCUUGGAGCCAUGCUGUGGUAUCUGAUGAAACUCACAAAAUAAUCAGUGAAAGCUGUGAUUUUAAAAGCAAUGAUACAUGGAGCAAUGAAGAUUGUAGUCAAGCUGUAGAUGAAGUACUCAAACAGUAUAAGAAGAUUGAUAUCUACAGCCUAUACACCCCUGUGUGUAUUGGUGAUAGUGCUGGUUCAAAUACCAAAUCAAUAUUGCAAGUCAUGAUGAAGCGAACAUCCAACAUGAUGCCAAGGAUUUUGGGUGGCUUUGAUCCCUGCCUUGAUGAUUAUGCAAAAGCUUUCUACAAUAGACUGGAUGUUCAAAAAGCUCUCCACGUUAGUGAUGGUUAUCAUCUCAGGAACUGGAGCAUCUGCAAUCAAAAGAUAUUUGAUGAUUGGUCAGAUUCAAAGCCGUCGGUACUUCCCAUAUACAAAAAGCUUAUUGCAGCAGGAGUUAGAAUUUGGGUCUACAGUGGAGACACGGAUGGAAGAGUUCCUGUUCUGUCAACGCGAUACAGCAUAAGUGCUUUGGGAUUGCCCAUCACUAAGGCAUGGAGACCAUGGUAUCAUGACAAACAGGUCAGCGGUUGGUUUCAAGAGUACAAAGGACUUACCUUUGCAACAUUUAGAGGAGCUGGCCAUGCAGUGCCCUGCUUCAAACCAAGCAGUUCACUUGCUUUCUUCUCAGCUUUUCUCCUUGGGGAAUCCCCAUCUUCCUCCCGAUAGAGAGUUAGAAGAUUUGGGUCUUAAUUAGUACUCUGUAGGUAUCAGAAAACAGUAACAGUAGAAAAAUAACAAGUUCUAGGUGUGUCUUCACCAACUAAAAUAUUCCUUUCAGCUUUAUGCAUAGGAAAUGAGCUAGACUACCAUACAUAAUAAGGCAGAUGGAGAGGAAUUCCUAUUUCUGAUUUUUGUGCGACCAGUUACAAGGCAUUUCUUUUUUUUUUUUUUUUUGCUGAUUAAUUAAUAAUAAGGUGUCCCUAUUUGUCCUAGAUGGUGCUUAUCUCAUAAAAACUGAAAAGGAAUUGCUGUCAAAUUACCAUCUUUUUUUGUGUAUGUGAUGGGUUUCUUUUGUCCGAUUGAGCUGGUUUGCCCAGUCAAACCACUGCAUAUUUUCUUCCAGCUGGCUUAUUCCACAAAGCAGUCAAGAUGUUCAUUCAAUGCUUGGACUAGCAAAUAAAAGAUGACAACAAGGUUGAUGUAUACAAUUGGUCUUUUGCUUUGAGUAGUCUACGAUAAUAGCACCCACAUAUUAUAACUAUAUUGCAAUUUGGCUCAAAGUUUAUCUUUCCAAUUCAAUUGGUUAACAGACUUUUAGACUGCAGUAUGGAAAGGACAUGUUGACCAAGUAGAACUGAUUUAGGCGAAAGAAACAAAUUAGCAUAUUCACGCCUUGAAAUGGGCACAAACGCUUUGUAUCCCAUAAUUCUCUUGCUCUGAUAUUUGAAAGGAUGAACAAAGUAGAGAAUUUAUUGCUGCAAAUUCCUUCUUUGAUCCAGAGUCAUAAGGAAGGGGCAUCGAUGGCUUCGAUGCCCCAACAUAUAAAGGAAUAUAGAUUGCCUUCUGGAUGUCUUGAUGAAGCAUCUCUGGGUUGGAAUCAUAUUUGUUGUAGAACAUCUGAAAUACCUUGAUGCAUGUUAAGUGAAGACGCCUAGAUGCUAUAGGCAAAUCACUGAAUCCAUCAAUCAGAGCAUGUUUGAGCAACUCUUUCCUCUUUUUGUCAAUUAAGUCUCUAACGAAGGCAAUCGAAUCAUCAAUGUCUGUCUCCGGGGUUUUCUUUCAUAUAAAGUGAUACAUCAUUUUUCCGUCUUCUAUUUUCCUACGCAAUUUUUUGUGAUUUUAGCUUCCAUGAAGAAAAAAAGGAAA